UGCUCCCUUCUUCCCUUCCUCCCCUCCCCUCCCCUUCUCUCUCUCUCUCUCUCUCUCUCUCUCUCUCUCUCUGUCCUUCUCACUCUGAUGCUGAUGUGUAUGUCGCCUGGGUCUGACAUCUCUUUCUCUCUCUCUCUCUCUCUCUCUCUCUCUCUCUCUCUCUCUCUGUCUCUGAGUGUGUGUGUAAACAGUGUGAUGGAAGCUCACACUCGUCCUCAGAUCAUCACAUCAUCGUAAGUAACACACUGUGACGUUUGCGUCCGUCAUGCAGCUCGACGAAACAGACAGUGUGUUUGCUGAUCUGAACUCAGCGAUUCCUGAGACAGAGCUGCUGGAUAACAGCAUACAGAAGAGCCGAGCACCGCUCCCGCUAAAGAGCAGGAGGAACCGACCAUCACGCUCCCGUCUCACUGACAGCCUGAGCUCCACCGAGGGGGACGAGGGGCCCGACACCAGGUCUGCAGACACGCCCCUUCACUCAGCCCCGCUGCACUCGUUCCUCCGUGACUCCACCCUCACUCCAGAGCUCCUCCUGUCCUCCUUUGACUCCGCCCUCGCGCGCCGAUCUCCGGAGGACCCUAAAACUCACCGCUACCGUCAGCUCACCAACACCACGUCCCAUGAUGCACUGCUGCCGCCCGCCCCGCCCUCCCCCUGCAGGUCGUGUCCCGAAACCUCCCCUGUGCACUUCCGCAGGAGCCGACGCCCUGAAAGUGAAGUGUUGGUGUCAGAUGACAGUCAGGAUGAUAACGCGGCCGAGUCCGACAGUCCCACUGUGGUUCUGGAUAAAAAGACCAAACGGAGGUUCCUGGAUUUGGGGGUGACUCUGCGUCGUUCGUAUGUCAGAGUAAAGAAAGAUAACGCAAAAAGAUUCUCUCUGGGAAGCCGAGAGCUGUGUGAGAACUCGUCCCGCCAUUCGGGAUCCUUCGUGCCUUUUUCCUGGUUUUCUGACAGUCAUCGUUCCUCCUCCACUUCCUCCUCUCCCCGCAUGGUGACUCACUCCCGCAGCCCCAGCAAGUCCGACUCUCAGGAGUCGGCAUUCAGUGAUGAGUUUUCUCCUAAAAGUCCUCUGGCUCCGUCUGAGUCUCGCUCCUCUCAUCACCCCUACCAGACUCUGUCCCAGUCUUCAGACGAGCGUGCAGACGAGCCUCAGUGUGUAGCGAGAUCAUGGAGCACACAGCAGGUGUGUGAUUGGUUGAAGAGUUUAAACAUGGAGCAGUACGUCCCCGAGUUCAGGGACAAAGACGUGGACGGAGAACUCCUGCUGCAGAUGGACGGCACCAGACUCAAGGCUCUGGGUGUGUUAAACUCAUCGGAUCGCAGCGUUCUGAAGCGGCGCAUUAAAGACAUACACGCUGCAGCGGAAAAGGAGAGGAAAGCUCUGGACAAGCUGGAGAAGCAGCGAGAGAAGCAGCGGAAGAAAGACCAAGAGCAGAGGAAGAGUUAAAAAUGGAGGCAAAAAUGGGCUGCGUCCCAAACGCCCCAAAAUCUUUCAUACUCACUUAGUGUUCUUAUUACAACAUUGGCCAUUUUGAGAAAAUCCUAGAGCACACUUAGUCCAUUUUAGCUAGACUUCUCGAUAGCAUGUUAUGGGGGAUUAUUACCCAUAAUGCACUGGUAGCGUGUGUCAGGUUUAGCAGUGAAAACGUCAGUGAGCUGGUUUACUAACACACCGUGUAAAGUUCACUAGAUCGUCUUUUACAUGGAGCUUGAAAUCAGACAUUUAUUUGUCAUUGUUUUGUUAAGCAUGCUAAUUUGUGUAGCGUGCUAAUCUUGUAUGCUAACCGCUAAUUAGCGAUUAGCCGACUAGCUAGCAGUGAUUAUACAGAAUAAAAUCUGUUAAUCCAGCAUUAGGAACAUUACAUCCCAAUUGCUGACCAUCAGAAACACAUUAGAAUAAAGUAGAAAUGAUAAUCUAAUGGUUUGAAAGGUGUUAAAUAUGGCUAGCUGAUUUAAACAGCUAAAGAACUAGCAUGCUAGUUAGCAACUGCAAGAGACGCUUACAGAACCAAGAUGGACGCCUGUACGUGAUUCUGAAGGUUUUUUUUUUUUUAAUCUGAACAGAUCUAGAUCUCAAAAAGGUUCUCUGUCAAGCUUUAUCUGAGUGUGCUAAUCUCAUAUGCUAACCGCUAAUUAGCGCUUGAGCUCAUAUUCUAUUAUUAUGACUUUACACGUGUGUGGCUACUUGUGUGUGCUCGCUAAUCAGCUGCGUUAGAGUUAAAUACAAGAUUAGCGGAUUCUGUGUGCUCUACAAUUUUCUAUGUUUCUUAAAAUGGCUGAUGCUAAUAAGAAAAAAAGUGCAAAGUCACGAUUAGCGACUCUUGUUUGUGAUUGUCACCAAUCAUUUAAAGUUUUAGUGACAACAUUCACACACGUCACAUUCGCUCCCUGACGUGCGGCGGAGACGUGGGGAUCUUUCUGUCGUUAUGCAGCACGUGUUGCGUUAUUAACUUUACAUUAUUAUUAUGCCUUAUGUAUUAUAUGUGAUAUAUUACACGUGUCCGUUAGCGUAGUAACAGAGCCGCGGCGUUAUAACACCUGCUUGUGUGUGUAAUAGAGAUCUGUGAGUGUGUGUGUGUGUGUGUGUGUCGUCUAAGUGUGACCGUAUCUUCACUUCAUCUCGAGAGAAGUAUUUAUUGAGGAAAAAACAAAGACUGAGUCAUUACGCAGAUAGCUAGCUGUAUUAGCACGAGUUAGCGAUGGGCGUUUCAGUGCGGUUUUUAACGCUUCCUCCUCCUCGUCCCCUCGUGUCCAUCUCGAGCGCGGUUCCUUUACUUUAUCAGCUCAAGUGAAGUGAAGUUUGAUGCGGGAUGGAGCACAGUUUUACCCAGAAUGCAUUGCUGACAUGGUUUUCCUUUUAAUAUAUAAACAAGAGCCACAGAAUACUUCAGAACGCAGCUCAGAAUUCUCCAUUUGUCGCUCUAACCUUGCCAGUGCACGCUAGCUCAAUGACUAGCUAACUCACCAUUCAGUGUACUAAUGACUAGCAUGCUUUACAUAACCUGCAUUAUUAGCAGCAGGCUAACUUAUAGCCAUCUAGCAGCAUUCCUAGAGUAUUUAGCUUGCUAGUUAAGUAAAUUUUUGGGCUAGCUCACAGCUAACCAUGCUCAUUUUCAUACUGAUUCAUAAAUUUACUCAUAUCUUACUGCUUUUAGUCGUGCUAGUGAAAUAAGUAAAAUUGGGCCAUUUAUUUAAGCUAACUGUGCGUAAAGUGUGUGCAUUAUGCUAGUUUGAAGUUAGCCUAGCAUCAUGGAUAUCAUUACAUCGUUUUUAUAGCUGUGAAAUGAUUGAAAUUCAUCCAUUAUUUAAAUCACUUUAUUAAGAAUUCAUGGCUGAAGCUAUGUUAGCUAGCAUUAAAUUGUUAAGGAAACAGGCUAGAUUUACUGUAAAUUAGCUAGCUAACUAGUAGCACUAUAAAAUAACCCUGCUGAAAUAAAACAUUGCAGUGCGUUAAGAAAACGCAUAAUGGUUUCCAUCAUGAAAUGUGAAGUGGCUUAAUGGUUUCCAUUAAGGAUUUUAUUGUUACAGGAACCAUUAGGAACUAGACAUUCCAUUAAACUACCAUUACAGACCAAUCAACAUGCUUUAAAAACAAUUAGAUACCAGAAAAUCUGUAAUGGUUUCCAUCACAUGAAGGGAAAUGGCUUAAUGGUCUCCAUCAGAUUCCUAAAGGUUUCCAUUAGGGAUUUUCCACUAGAACGCAGUAGGACCAUCUUUACCAUCAGAAUAAAAUCAGAUAAUCCACCAGAAACCAGACGUUCCAUUAAACUACCAUUACAGACCAUUAGAAACACAUUAAACCCCAUUAGGGUUCCAUUAAACUACCAUUACAGACCAUUAGAAACACAUUAAACCCCAUUAGGGUUCCAUUUAACUACCAUUACAGACCAUUAGAAACACAUUAAACCCCCUGAUGGAAACCAUUACAGAUUUUCCAGUUCCUAAUGGGUUUUAAUGAUGUUCCUAAUGGUUUGUGAUGGAUUGUCAAAUUCUACUCAUAAAAGAUCCUAUUGGAGUUCCAGUGGUGUUUAAUAGCAACCAAAAAAAUUCUAAUGGAAACCAUUAACCUGAUUCCCAUUACAGGAUGGAAACCAUUACAGACUUCCUGGUUCCUAAUGGGGUUUAGUGUGUUUCUAAUGGACUGUAAUGGGAGUUUAAUGGAACCCUAAUGGGGUUUAAUGUGUUUCUAAUGGUCUUUAAUGGGAGUUUAAUGGAAUGUCUGGUUCCUAAUGGGUUUAGUGUGUUUCUAAUGGUCUGUAAUGGGAGUUUAAUUGAACCCUAAUGGAGUUUAAUGUGUUUCUAAUGGACUGUAAUGGGAGUUUAAUGGAAUGUCUGGUUCCUAAUGGGGUUUAGUGUGUUUCUAAUGGUCUUUAAUGGGAGUUUAAUGGAAUGUCUAGUUCCUAAUGGGUUUAGUGUGUUUCUAAUGGACUGUAAUGGGAGUUUAAUUGAACCCUAAUGGAGUUUAAUGUGUUUCUAAUGGACUGUAAUGGGAGUUUAAUGGAACCCUAAUGGGUUUAGUGUGUUUCUAAUGGUCUGUAAUGGGAGUUUAAUGGAACCCUAAUGGGGUUUAAUGUGUUUCUAACGGUCUCUAAUGGGAGUUUAAUGGAAUGUCUGGUUCCUAAUGGGUUUAGUGUGUUUCUAAUGGUCUGUAAUGGGAGUUUAAUUGAACCCUAAUGGAGUUUAAUGUGUUUCUAAUGGACUGUAAUGGGAGUUUAAUGGAAUGUCUGGUUCCUAAUGGGUUUAGUGUGUUUCUAAUGGUCUGUAAUGGGAGUUUAAUGGACCCAUAAUGGGGUUUAAUGUGUUUCUAAUGGUCUUUAAUGGGAGUUUAAUGGAAUGUCUAGUUCCUAAUGGGUUUAGUGUGUUUCUAAUGGACUGUAAUGGGAGUUUAAUUGAACCCUAAUGGAGUUUAAUGUGUUUCUAAUGGACUGUAAUGGGAGUUUAAUUGAACCCUAAUGGAGUUUAAUGUGUUUCUAAUGGACUGUAAUGGGAGUUUAAUGGAACCCUAAUGGGGUUUAAUGUGUUUCUAAUGGUCUGUAAUGGGAGUUUAAUGGAACCCUAAUGGGGUUUAAUGUGUUUCUAAUGGUCUCUAAUGGUUGUUUAAUGGAAUGUCUGGUUCCUAAUGGUUCCUAUCACCAGAAAAUCUCUAAUGGAAUCCUAUCAGAAUUCUGGUUUCUAAUGUUUUUCAAAAGGGAAAGUGUUAAAUAUAGCUAGCUGGUUUAAAUCGCUAAAUAGCUAGCAUGAAGUUCACUGCAGGAGAUAAACUUCAUCUACGGAACCGAGACACGAGGUUCUUAAGGUUCUUAUGGAUCAGCAGAGAAAGCUGAGACAUGACUUUCUUUAGGUCUCAAUUAAUUUUAAAACAAAUUGCAAUGAAAUAUUAUAGAGUUACAUGAGAGAGAGAGAGAGAGGGAAUGAGGAGGAGUGAUGUAGGGGUUAAGGGGAAGUGAACGAGGGUGCGUUAGGAACCGCACUGAAACACAGGGUUUGUCUUCCUGCUUCAUUCAUAUUAAAUCUAAAUGCUAUUUAUUCCACUUUACUCCACACUCACGGCUUUGCAGAAUAAACCACAAUUAUAAAUAUUUUACUAUUUCACAUGUGGCAUGAAUUAAAAGCGCUGUGCAUCAUGGAGAAAAGCAUUUAUUUAUUUAUUUAUUUAAUCAUCAGAUAAAUGAUUUAUUAUCCAGCCUGAAUAAAACUCCAGGUCUGAGGUAAUACAGCGCCACACAGCUGUAAUAAACGUGUAAUAUGUAAUAAGUUCAACACUUUUAAUGGCUGAGUCAUAACUGUAAUGUAAUCUUUCACUUUUUACAUCAACACAUCUGCUGCUGCUGAAUCACUAACAGUGAGGGAAGGAAUACAUAAAUAAAGAUCUUAAAUAAAUAAAUAAAUAAAUAAAAUACAAUUAAACAAAUAGUUUCCACUGCAUUUACAAUGUUGUACCUUUAUACCUUUAUAAAUGUUAUGAUGCAAAAACGAAAUACAAAAAUGUA